CUCUGGCUCUGGGCUGGGGGAUGACAAGCCAUCCCUGCUUCCCCGUCUCUCUCUUUCUUUGCACAGCUGUGCAGUUCAGGGAGCUGAACUGCACCGCUCCGAGUGCACUGUUCACUCUGCCACGACCAACCUCUGUUGUAAAUCUUCCUCCCCAAACACGUGACGAUGCACUUCUUGACUAUAUAUCCCGGGAGCAGAGUGUCAGAGCGCUGAACUGAGCCCCGCGCAGAGGAAGCACGCUCUUGGGCUUGGCCACUUGGCAACUCCGGACUUGGGAAGAAAUUUGCCAGCCUUCGACCCUGGCUGAGUGGUGCUUCAAUACUGAGAUGGAGCCUCUGAACAGCACGCACCCCAGCACCGCAGCCCCCAGCGGCCACCUCGUGUCCCACGUGCCGGGCAGCGGGAGCAGCAACGGCAACGAGUACUUCUACAUUCUGGUCGUCAUGUCCUUCUACGGCAUCUUCUUGAUCGGAAUCAUGCUGGGCUAUAUGAAAUCUAAGAGGCGGGAGAAGAAGUCCAGCCUGCUGCUGCUGUACAAGGAUGAGGAGAGGCUCUGGGGGGAGGCCAUGAAGCCGCUGCCCAUGGUGUCGGGCCUGAGGUCGGUGCAGGUGCCCAUGAUGCUAAACAUGCUGCAGGAGAGUGUGGCGCCCGCCCUGUCCUGUACCCUCUGCUCCAUGGAAGGCGACAGCGUGAGCUCCGAGUCCUCCACACCAGACGUGCACCUCACCAUCCAGGAGGAGGGGGCGGACGAUGAGCUGGGGGAGACCUCGGAGACGCUCCUCAACGAAAGCAGCGAAGGCUCCUCGGAGAACAUCCAUCAGAAUUCCUAGCACCCCCGGGGCCCCCCAUCAGCCGGCACUCUCAGAGAGGGGACGGACACUUUCCGUGUCUGGUUUCACUUUUGCAGUGCAUGCCGCUGCCACUUUAAAGAGACCUUGGGCAAGCCCCUGAAUGGGGGGCCAAGGCUCAGCCGGAGGGAGCAGCCAGUUGUCCACGCCGCCGCCGGGCCUGCGGUGUAGACCUGCCACGGAAAAGCCCUGAAGACGUGCAGUGUGUACGCUGACUUUGGGGCCUGGGGGCUGGGGUUCCGGGUCAGAAUUCGGCAGGUGGCCGUGCUUGCUGUUGUUUCCGCGCUGGAUGCCCUGGGUAACUAACUCCUGCGGCGUCUGCCCCCCUCCCAGGGCUGCCCAACGCCCAGGACACGCUGAGGGACUAGUUUUGAUCUGCUAAUUUGCCUAGAGCUUUGUUCUAGAUCUGAUUGGCUGUAAGUACCUCUCCUGUGUCCCUGUGGUGGGCUACAGCACUUAUUUUGGAGGUCUUUUAGGUUAGAGGGGGGGAUGUCUGAGGGAAGACUUGUUUGAUAGCAGAAAGCUGGAGAGCGAAACCUGGCUCAUUUGCAUACUGUAAGAAAAAAGAAAAAGCAACCUUUAAGCCUGAUAACCUUGGCUGGGAUUAUAAAAUGUAAUCUGCUAUUUUGACCCUUUGUCUAACCUAUGACCUUGAACUCUGACCUCAGACCAUCCGGCCUCGCAUGCUGGUGGGACAUUUUCUUGGUUGCAAGGGCUUCCCCAGAAUCUAACCUGCACUCUGAAUAGCCAUGCAGGGGACUCUUCUGGAUCUUUCCAGAAGGGGUGAUGGUGGGGUUGAACGAGGCCAAGCCAUUAGCUCUGCUGCUGCUUUUUUCCCAGCCUCGUUUUCGGAGCUGGGAGUCGACGUAACGUGGGCCUCCACCAUGUGGUGUUUCGUCUCGGCCCGGAGACCUAGAAGGGCAUAGUCAGGCGGAGGUCGCACAGAGCAGGGGUCCGGGUUCUGUUUUCUGAUUCUGAGCCCGGACGCUGAUCUGCUGUGUGGUCCUGGGCUUGUCAUCAAGAGGCUCACUGCCUUCAUGAGGCUCCUGAAUUGAGAUCCCCAGGGGGCCGGGAGGAUGUCUUUGGAUUUUAAGACUCUGUGAUAAAUCCUGUAUGGCCUGGUGUGAGGAAGCUUGGACAAAAUAUUUCCCACUCGGCCAGUCAGCCUGAGAAUGGAUCUGUUAUUUAAAGGAGCAGUUGGAGACCCAGAACGCACGUAACUGGGAAAUCCAGGGCGCAUCACCCCCCUGUUCAGGCUGUCGUUUUCCCAGGAGUGAACCAGGGAGACACAUACCACAUUGUACUCUGCAAAGUUCUCUGGGUAGCAGAAUGUUAAUACUUCAGCCGAGAGACGAGAAAUCUAAAAGCAAACGCUCAGGAAUGCUUGCUAAUGUCUCCGUGUGUUCCUGCGGUCAGUAGCUUUGUAGCAGAGCCGUUCGGCCCUUGAAGGCAAGCAGGAAGAGAAACAUACCAAAAGGUCAAAUUUAAUUCUAGUAAAAAAAAAAAAAAAAAGAAAAAAUAAAAAAAGAAAAAGAUUUUUUUUUUUUUAAAGACAUACUCUCCCUUGAUUGGAGAUAGCAAUAACCACUGUUCCCAUGGAAGAGUUAACAGUGGAGAAACUGGUUUAUCAGUUUGCCUUAACACAGUGCUAGAGGAAAUUUAUGUUUGGGGGGGGGGGCGCGGGAAGGGCCCGCCGUUCACUUUAAAAUUGCGAGUGUGGAUUUACUCCAAGGGGGCUGUUUAAGGUGAAAGAAGCCAAGUUAAGUCUGGCUCCUUGCCUGGAAUCACUUGAAUUCUGAAACUUCACUGCGACGGACUUGUGCAUGGUCACAUUUUCCAUUGCUUAAUCCUGAAGUUUGGUGCAAGUCUAUCUGCGCCUAUUAAAAAAGUGAUGUAUAUACUUCCUUCUUAUUCUAUUAAGUUGUAUAAAAUUGUCUUCUGUAUUUAACAGUUUGUAAUUUUCACACUAUUUUUUAAUUUAAAUAAAACACAUUUUCCCUACGAAA